AUGAACCGUCACUACAAUUUCGAGCAUGCCAGAAUGUGUAUCUCAGAGGCAGCUACGAGGGCAAGCCAGGAAGGACCGGAGGCUCCGCCGUUGCUCACAGUCGAUGCAGCGAAGAACCUUACGAUAAGCGAGUUCCAUUACCCCAAAACUUUCAGAGCGGUGCUCAAGGAAAAUCCCGAAGAAGAGGCUUACUUUCGUAUCGUUGGAGCGAUUUGCUCGAAAGUGUUACCGCCGCUUACGAGCAAGCCAAGGAUACAGACAUUGCAACAACUUCGCAACCUUCGCCAGUUUGUGAAGGUAACCGGGUUUGGUCAUCACUCAUUCGAAGAAACCAUUUCAGCGUUGCAUGGUGUGGUUCACAUGUUUGAGUCGCAACUCGGAGCGGGAAAGAUUACUGGACAAGAACCAAAGCUCUUCGAAGGGGAUGCCGCACUCGAUUGUCAUGCACGUUAUUUCACAGAUCGCGAGCUGGCACCACAGGAGAAGCACCAAGCGUUUGACAAGAUCGUCGAUCCAAAGCAAAUUUUGGAAGACCUGCGGGGAGCGGAUUUCAUUCAUGGUCCCGACAACCGUGUGGAAUACUGCAAGAAAAUCAUCGACGAACAGGGACAGCUCAGGUAA